UCCUUUUGCACCGUCUGUCUGUGACUCGGAGCAUUCCAGGAGCUGCAAGGCACCAGCCAUGUUCCCUUCCCAGCCUCUCCUGCCUGCUGUGGUGUUUGCCCUCGUGGUCCUUCAGGCCCUGGCCUCCGACACCUUCAUUGCAGCCGUCUACGAGCACGCCGUCAUCCUGCCAGAUGCCACCAUACAGCCCGUGUCUCCCGAUGAUGCUUUGGCCCUGAUGAACAAGAACAUGGAUGUCUUGGAAGGGGCCGUCAAGGAAGCCUCCCAGCAGGGUGCCCACAUCAUUGUGACUCCUGAAGAUGGCAUUUACGGAUGGCGUUUCACCAGAGAAGCCAUCUACCCCUACCUGGAGGACAUCCCUGAUCCGGGGGUGAACUGGAUUCCCUGCACCGACCCCACAAGGUUUGGUCCAGCUCCAGUGCAGGAGCGACUCAGCUGCAUGGCCAGGAAUAACUCCAUCUAUGUGGUGGCAAACAUGGGGGACAAGAAGCCCUGUAACUCCAGUGACCCCAGCUGCCCCAGCGACGGUCGCUACCAGUACAACACCGACGUCGUCUUCGACCCCGAGGGGAAACUGGUGGCUCGUUACCACAAGUACAACCUCUUCAGAGGAGAAACUCAGUUUAAUUACCCGAAAGAGCCGGAAAGGGUCACCUUUGAGACCCCCUUUGGGAAGUUUGGCAUUUUCACCUGCUUUGACAUCCUGUUCCGUGAGCCUGCCGUGGUCCUGGUGAGCGAGCUGCAGGUGGACACCGUGCUCUUCCCAACAGCUUGGAUGAACGUCUUGCCCUUCCUGACGGCGGUUGAGUUUCACUCGGCCUGGGCCAUGGGCAUGGGCGUCAAUUUGCUGUCGGCAAAUACCCACAACAUCAACUGGGCAAUGACCGGCAGCGGGCUCUUCACACCAGAGGGACCGGCCACCUACCACUACGACAGCAGGACAGAGAAGGGAUGUCUUCUUCUGGCAGAGCUGAGCGCACGGCCCCGUCUCUCCCCCAACUACCCCCCUGCUGUCAACUGGAGCUCCUACGCCACAAGCAUCAAGACGUUUCCAGGAGAAAAUAACACUUUUUCAGGAGCCGUCCGGCGGGAUGUAUUCACUUUCAGUGAGCUCAGGAGCAAAGCUGGAAAUUCCACGGUUUGCCAAGGAGAGCUCUGCUGUCAUUUGGUCUAUCGGAUGUCAGACGAGAGCCAAGAUGAAGUUUAUGUCCUGGGUGCAUUUGAUGGGCUUCAUGGUUCUCUCAUCAAAUAUCACUGGCAGAUAUGCACGCUGCUCAAGUGCAAGAGCCCAGACCUGAAGACGUGCGGGCAGCCGGUGGAGACAGCUCAGACCAAGUUUGAGAUGUUCUCCCUCAGCGGGACGUUUGGCACCAACUACGUCUUUCCUGAGGUCUUGUACAGCGGGGUGCAGCUGGCCCCCGGGGAGUAUGAGGUGCUACGUGAUGGGCGUUUGAAAAGCAAGCACAGCACCUCCAAACCCCUCCUAACAGCCACGCUUUUUGGGAGGCUGUAUGAAAAGGACCCCCGGCAUCCUCUGCGACCCUCCCCGUGAUGGAACUCCUUGGGUCUCCCCAUGGUCACCAUGGACCAGAGGGGAGUUCCCUGCAGUGAUUCCCCCUCCUCAUGAGCCCUGGCACUGUUCCUCUGUCGUUCCUCUCCUGCAAUCCUGCAGCCGUGGCAGUUGAGUUUAUUUAGGAGAAAGCAAUGCCGUCACUCCGUUGUAUAUGCCUAGAUGAAUAUUUUUUUUUAAUUGUGCUUGAGCCAGUGUAAUAAUUUUUUUUUAGUGUGAAUGCUCUGUCACGUGAAAUCAUUAAUUAGAAAUUAUUUUCUUUCUUUUUCCCCAAAGAUACCAUGUGGAUUGCCAGGUUAAAAUUAGAAAGAAUAUACUUUUUAUUACUUGGCCUAGAAUUACUCAUGUGGAAAAGAAAAAGGAAAAACAAAAGAGGAAGUGCUACUGGAGAGUCAUGUGAACAUAAUUUGACUUCUGUUUUUGUUGUUGCAGUCAAAUCACUUGAUUGCAAGUGCAAUCACUUGAUUGCACUUGAUUUUUUCACUGGCUGGCAUCUAUAGCUUUACGUGCUAAUUCACACACAAAAAAAGAAGAAUGAGGGGACAUAUUGGAAGGAAAUGCCUCACAGAUGCACCAGUGGUGCUUGAAACACACGAAUCCUUUGUAGGUUGCUGAUAUCCUGAGUAUUUCAUGCGCUCCAAAUGCAUGUGGAAUUCAUAAAAAUAUUUCUGAAGCUAACAAGGAAUAGAGUCAGGAGACACAAACAGAAGAGCAUUGUAGACAUUCAGUAUAUUAUCACUUGGGUUAUCUUUACACAUCGGGUUAAACUUUCCUAAACUCUCUGUAUCAAAAGACUCAGAAUUUAUUCAAGCUCCUGAGUUCAUAAACAUUUAAUAUUGUAUUACUGGGUCUAAUAGUUGCACAAUCCCUGACUGCACCUUGCUGUUCAAUUAUUUAAUGGAUAAAUUGAGGUUAUGAUGACUAAAUUAUGUGUACAAGGACGUGGCUGUAGUGUCCUGCUCUCAUAAAAAAAAAUCAAAACAAAACAAAAAACCAAACCAAAACUAGAUUAUUGAGAUUCUGUCUACUUUUGCUCAAGGUCUGCUUGCUGUAAUUUAAUAUGUACAAUAAAGUGCAUUAGAUUUUACUCAG